GAUUCUCCCUGUUCCACACCAGCAAACAACCCUUUGAAUGCUCUCCAUGCAGUGGUGAUUUGAGGAUCUACUUCUCUUUUGUGUCCUUCCUGAUCAGUGGCUCCUGCAGCCUGAUACUGUCAUUUCUUGCCUGAAGAAAUCAGCACCAGUUAGGAAAUGGCCAAAGUCGAAAGGUUUGCUUUUCAUGUGCCAAGUCUGGAGGAGCUUGCUGGGGUUUUGCAGAAAGGGCUUAAGGAAAACUUUGCUGAUGCUCAAGUCUCUGUUGUAGACUGUCCUGAUCUAACUCAGCAACCCUUCAACUUUCCUGCUAAAGGAAUCUGUGGCAAGCCGAGAAUAGCAGAUGUGGGAGGUGUUCCCUACCUCAUACCCGUUGUACAGAAAGAAAAAGUUUAUGAUCUAAAUACAGUUGCAAAAGACAUAGAGCUGCCUGGAGCUUUCAUUCUUGGAGCUGGAGCGGUUUCAUCUAGGAUUCUUGGAGUAAAUGCUGAGCUUAUCCCUAUUGUCCAAACAAAGAGUGAAAAAAAGCCUGCUGUAAAUGGGAGCUAUGUUGCUCAGAUAAAUCCUGCAGAUAAAGGGUGCCUGCUUGAGAAGUACAGCAGUAAAUAUUCUGACUGUGAGUUUGGGCUGUUGGCCAACCUUUAUGCCAGUGAGGGCCAACCUGGAAAGGUCAUUGAAGUGAAAGCCAAUGGAAGAACUGGGGAACUUAACUUUGUGUCUUGCCUGAGGCAAAUUUUAGAGAAACACUAUGGAGAAAAGCCAGUUGGCAUGGGUGGUACAUUUGUCAUUCAGAAGGGGAAAGCAAAGAUCCACAUUAUGCCUCCAGAAUUUUCUGCCUGCCCGCUGAAUACCGACGAGGAUGUGAAUAACUGGCUCAAAUUCUUUGAGAUGAAGGCUCCGCUGAUUUGUCAGCCAGUAAUAGUUUCCAGGGAUCCAGGCUUUGAUCUGCGUGUGGAGCACACCCAUUGCUUCAGCCACCACGGGGAAGGAGGCCACUACCACCAGGACACCAGCCCUGACAGCGUGCAGUACCUGGGGUACUUCCUGCCCGCUGAGCUGCUGUUCCGCAUCGACAGACCCCUGGAGACACACCACGUCGGGAGGGACUGAAUCAUAGAACCAAUACGGUUGGAAAAGACCUCGGAGAUCAUCCAGUCCAACCUAUUCACCCAACACCUCGUGACCAACUAAACCACGGCUUCAAGUGCCACCUCCAAUCCCUUUUUGAACAGGGAGGCUCUGCAGAAGGCGCAGCAAUUUAAUCUUUCUAAAAUGAAAAUGCUGA